AUGGUGAACUAUUCAUUGAUUCGUAAUGCCGUUGGAAUCAUAGGCAAUAUCAUCUCUUUUGGCUUGUUACUCUCACCAGUUCCAACAUUCUAUAAGAUUAUAAAGAAGAAGUCCGUAGAAGAGUUCAAGUCAGAUCCAUAUUUAGCAACAUUAUUGAAUUGUGCUUGUUGGGUGUUUUAUGGAAUGCCUUUUGUGCAUCCAAAUAGCACUUUGGUUGUUACCAUCAAUAGUGUUGGAUUUGUUUUCGAAAUCGGCUAUAUCACUAUAUUUUAUAUCUAUGCCACCAACAAAGGAAGGAAAAAAAUACGAAUUGUUCUUCUCAUCGAGAUUAUUUUCUUCGUCGUUGUUGUUCUUAUAACAAUGUUUGCACUUCAUGGCACUACCCAAAGAUCUUUGGUGGUUGGUAUUAUUUGUGAUAUCUUCAACAUAAUGAUGUAUACCUCUCCUCUUACAAUUAUGAGAAAAGUUAUAAAAACUAAGAGUGUGAAAUAUAUGCCAUUUUGGCUCUCUUUGAUGAACUUUCUCAAUGGUUUGAGCUGGACAGCAUAUGCUAUUCUUCCUCCCUUCGAUAUAUAUGUCUUGAUAAGCAAUGGUAUUGGAGCAAUUUCAGGACUUUUUCAACUUAUUCUAUAUGCUUGCUAUUAUUUUCGCAAAGGUGAAAACAUCGAAGAUGAUACCAAAAAUGAUGAUCUUGAGAUGAAACGAACAAUUAUUCGUGAAAUCUCAAUCAGCAAUGGUAUUGGAGAAGCAAAAUGA